AUGGAAACAGUUUUCGCUCAGGUCGCAGCAACAAGAGUUUCGGGACUAUCGAUAAUUUCCCGUGCAAACGAGAUCGCAUCUCUGUCAGCUCGUGGAGAGAACCUCAUCGCCGCGUGUGCUAUUUUAUCCACGGAGGAAACACACUCUCUAAAAGAAGCGGAUUUGCUCGCACGCCGCUUCCUUCAAAUUGACUUAGGCAAAAAUGGAAAUGCCAGGACAGCCCUAGAAGGAAUGUUCGAGCCACUGGAGUGA